AUGCUUUGGCUGCAGAUCUUUAGGAUCGUGGUAUUCGUCUGGGUUGUGCUCUGUGCUGUGAUUGUGUUGGGUCUUGGGGGCCAUAUCAUCAAUUUCACUGUAACAUAUCUCCAUGGUUAUUAUGUGUUCACGGCAUUGGGUGUCGCAACCGCCUCUCUGACCAUUCUCACGUUGCCCGUGAUGUUCAUUGUCGACAUCGCUGUGUCCAACAUUGUAUUCACUUCUUGGAUUCUGAUCGAGCUGAUUUGGCUGACUAUCCUUUGGGUCCUCUGGCUAUCUACUGGAGCAUACGCAGGGAGCUUCAUCGGGCCGUGCCAAUACGUCGACGAGACCGGCAUUUCCGUCCUCGUCGCGGGCUGCCACGAAUCGCAGGCCCUCGAGGCCUUCUCGUUCCUCGCUUGGAUUCCUCUGAUGGUUUACACGAUCACCCUGCUGGUGGUCAGCAUGGUCAGCGCGAACCGCGGCUCGUCCGUGUGGACUUCCUCCGUGAGUGAGGCGGACUGGGCUUCGUCUGGCUCUUCGAGGCCUGCGGUACCUGCGAGUCAGUAUCAGAUAGGCGCCGUGCCGACGAGCGGGGCAUUCCAGUCUUACCAGGAUGCUGCUCCUCAGUUUCAGCAGCCCCCUCCCUCAUCCAUUGUCUGA